AUGUCAAUUCAAAAGCGCAAGCGAACCGACUUUACGUUGAAGGAGAAGGAGGAGAUCAUUGAUUCCGCGAAAAAGGAACCGAAUCAGUCCAAGCUGGCCAGGGAAAUGAGCAAGGAAUGGGGCAUCGAAGUUAAGAGAACCCCAGUGAUGGGAAUCAUCAGCAGGAAGGAUGCAAUUGAGGCAGUUAUCAAAGCUGGAGUUCCAUCAAAAUGCAUGAAGCUGGAGCCGUCUCACCACUCAAAGCUUGAUGACGGGGUGCUCAUGUGGCUAAAACAAGCAAAAGGACAGAACCUGCCUGUCAGCGGCGAUCUGAUAAAGGAGAAGGCUUUGAAACUGGCCGAUCUGAUGCUCAUUCCAAACUUCAUGGCGAGCAACGGUUGGCUGGACAAUUUUAAAAAGCGCCACGGAAUCACGUUCAAAACAGUGCAGGGCGAAGCUGGAGCGGUGGAUUCGCAAUCCCUUCUUGAGUGGCAACAACAGGUUCUCCAGCACUUACUCGGUCAGUUCUCCGCAGACGACGUAUUCUACCUGGACGAGACUGGACUCUUCUGGCGUUUGCUUCCGAACAAGACCAUGAGUUUCAUGGGAGAACGGUACACUAGAAGAAAGAAAAGCAAGCAAAGGAUCACUCUUCUGGUGGAGGCAAAUAUGAGCGGCAGUGAGAAGUUCCCUCUUCUGGCGAUCGGCAGUUCCCAGAAACCUCGUGCCUUCAAGAACAAGGAGAUUCCUGUUAAGUACAAGGCAAACUCGAAAGCAUGGAUGACGGUGAAGCUUUUCGAAGAGGUGUUGCGUGAGUGGAACAGACGACUUGGCCAGUAGGGAGGCAGACUGCUGCUCUGCCUUGAUAACUUUUCUGGCCAUCCAGAGAUCCAGCAGGAAAACAUUAAACUGGUCUUCUUCCCACCCAACACGACAGAAAAUUCUCAACCAAUGGAUCAGGGAAUCAUAGAGAACCUCAAGCGCCCCUACAAGAAGAUCCUGCUGCGUCGUCGACUCGAGGCCAUGGACGAAGGAAAGGAGUUCGAGUUCACAUUGCUCGACGCUGAAUAACGUUUGGCGUGCUUGGGAGCAGGUCAGCGAGUCGACGAUCAGAAACUGCUUCGUGAAGGCCAAGUUUAUCGAAGAGGAAAUCCAAUUUGAGCUUGUUGAUGUUGAUCUGCUUGAGAUCUUGGAAGCGCUGCCUGCCGAGGAAAAGAUGCAAGAGAACGAGGAGAUCGAGCUGUCUGAAUUUCUUGAAGCUGAUGAGCGCAUCGAGACUGGUGUUUUUUGCAGACUGGAUGAGAUUGCGGAGGAGAUGUUGCGCAGCGAGGAGCCGCUUAAAUGCGAAGAUGAUGAGACACAUGUUGAGGAGGAAAUCGUUUCGUUCGAGGAAGCCCAGCAGGCAUGGGGCACUGUCCGAAAGUUCAUGUAGCAGAGGAGCGGGAAGCCCAGUGUGAUGCAAGCAUACGAUCGGCUAGACGACGAGGUGCAUGAAAUCCGCAGAAAGAACAUGUGUCAACUGACUCAGAGACUCUGACACCCUUUCCUCAGAGUUUUGUGCUUAGCUACAGUAGAUAACUUGAGAGAACACAUUACAAGCACAUACAUAUACUUUUGCCGUUUCACAGCCUUUUAAUCGUUUCGUUCGUUGCGUUUAUUGUUUCGUUAAAACAGCAGUACUGUACCUCAAUGUAGCAUAUUAGCGAGGGUAAGGAGUGGCAUAGUAAUUAUAUUUUAUAUUGAAUUCAGUUGGUGACGAUCAAGAGUGGUAUACUAGCGAAGGCGGCAUAGUAGCGAAGUGGCAUGGUAUCGAAGUUUGACUGACAAAUUUGAAUCGUACAUUAAUAGUUAUAAGAACCAUUCGAUAACCAGAAAGCGAUUUGCGCCGGCCAGGCACAAA